GUGGCGCCUGAGAGGUGCCCCUGUCCCGGGGUCCUUGGCCUCGUGUCCGUUUUGGGGUGAGGGUGGUGGUGGUCUCGGCAACUCAGACCCUAAGAUCAGCUCUUGCCCUGGGGCCGUGGCGCCUUAGGCACGGCUUCCUGCUUUUCUGUCUGCCCGCCUUCCUGUGUCGUCAUUCCGACACAGGUAGCCGGUGCUUCUUGGUAUGUUUUGCUCCCUACUCCUCCCCAUCCCCCACCCCCGGGCACUCCGCGUUUCCCUGGUCUUGGCGGUCUGGUCCUCCUCUGACUCCGGAUCUGUCUCUCCUCCUUGUGAUCUUGCGUGCGGGUGUGUUUCCUUCAAGCUAGAAGUUCUUCAGUUCCCAGAAGAGCUGAAGCAUCUUUGGACUUAGGCGUGGAAAGAGGAGCUGGCUGUGACCUUUGCCCUGUCAUAGAGGACCCAGCCUUGGGUUGAAUGGCAGCACCCCCGCUGGACCGUCUGGUGCUGACCCACCUGCUGGUAGCCCUGUUCGGCAUGGGCUCCUGGGCUGCCAUCAAUGGGAUCUGGGUGGAGCUACCUGUGGUGGUAAAAGACCUCCCCGAGGGUUGGAGCCUACCUUCAUACCUCGCUGUGCUUGUGGCUUUGGGGAACCUGGGUUUGCUGGUGGUGACCCUGUGGAGGCGGCUGGCCCCGGGCAAGGGCGAGCGGGCCCCCAUCCAGGUGGUGCAGAUGCUGAGCAUGGUGGGCGCAGCCCUGCUGGCCCUACUGUGGCACCACGUGGCGCCAGUGGCAGGGCAGCUCCACUCUGUGGCCUUCUUAACGCUGGCCUUGGUGCUGGCACUGGCCUGCUGUGCCUCUAAUGUCACUUUCCUGCCCUUCCUGAGCCACCUGCCACCUCCCUUCUUGCGGUCCUUCUUCCUGGGUCAGGGCCUCAGUUCCUUGCUGCCCUGUCUGCUGGCCCUAGUGCAGGGUGUGGGCCGCCUUGAGUGCCCGCCAGCCCCCACCAAUGGCACCCCUGGGCCCCCCCACUACUUCCCAGAGCGUUUUCCUGCCAGCACCUUCUUCUGGGCACUGACUGCCCUUCUGGUCACUUCGGCUGCUGCCUUCCAAGGUCUCCUGCUACUGCUGCCGUCACCACCAUCCAUACCCACAGGGGGCCCAGGGCCUGACCUCCGGAUGGGAGCCCCAGGAGUGGAGGAGGAGGAGGAAGAGGCCUCGCCGCUGCAGGAGCCACUGAGCCAGGCAGCGGGCACCACUGCCAGCCCAGACCCUAAGGCCCAUCAGCUCUCCACCCAUAGUGCCUGCCUGCUGGGCCUGCUGGCCGUCACCAACGCACUGACCAAUGGCGUGUUGCCUGCCGUGCAGAGCUUUUCCUGCUUGCCCUACGGGCGCCUGGCCUACCACCUGGCUGUGGUGCUGGGCAGCGCCGCCAACCCCCUCGCCUGCUUCCUGGCCAUGGGUGUGCUGUGCAGGUCACUGGCAGGACUGGGUGGUCUCUCUCUACUGGGCAUGCUGUUUGGGGCCUACCUGAUGGCGCUGGCAGUCCUGAGCCCCUGCCCACCCCUGGUGGGCACCUUUGCAGGGGUGGUCCUUGUGGUGCUGUCGUGGGUGCUGUGUCUGGGCGUGUUCUCCUAUGUGAAGGUGGCUACCAGCUCCUUGCUGCAUGGCGGGGGCCGGCCGGCAUUGCUGGCAGCUGGUGUGGCCAUCCAGGUGGGCUCCAUGCUUGGUGCUGUCACCAUGUUCCCUCCCACCAGCAUCUACCAUGUGUUCCACAGCGGGAAAGACUGUGUGGACCUGUGUGGACCCUGAGCUGGGGCAGGUGGGGACCUGACUUUGCCCCACCUAUCUUCAGGCUGGGACUGCCAUAGUGCCUGCGGCCCAGGAAGGCCCUCCCCACACAUGGGCACACUUAUGGAUACCUGCUGGACACUCCACAGGAGACCCUGGCAUUUCAGGCCAGGGUAGGGACCACAGAGCAGACACGGAGACAGGGCCCAACUACAGCUGUAGACUUGGCCCUGGACCUGGGACCUGUGUGGGAUUUGCACAAUAAAGCAUUUUUAUUCCAUGA